CAUAGUAGUGUUUUGAAGGAACCAAAAGUAAAGAAAAACUCUGUUUUUCCUCUUUUCCUUCCCCCAAUGGCUUUUGUUGGUGCACACAAACUCCAUACUACUAUUCCCUUUCUCCUUCUUUGCCUCUCUUUUAUUCUCCUCUCUCAAGGGGUGAAAUCGUAUUCGGAAUUUCGGUACCCAUUUAUCAAACGGGCGAGCUCGUUCUCGUCGUUGUCGUCGUCGACGUAUUCGUCCCGACGUGGGGAGAAUGUUUAUGACUAUAUAAUUGUAGGGGGAGGAACAGCAGGGUGUCCAUUGGCAACUACAUUGUCUAAAAAAUUCAAUGUGCUAUUACUAGAAAGAGGAGGAGUCCCUUUUGCUAAUUCAAAUGUGUCAUUUUUGGAUAACUUUCAUAUUACUUUGGCAGAUAUUUCACCCACUUCUGCUUCACAAGCCUUCAUUUCUACUGAUGGAGUUCUCAAUGCUAGGGCUAGGGUUUUGGGUGGUGGCACUUGCAUUAAUGCUGGUUUCUACACAAGAGCAAGCUCAAGGUUCAUAGAGAAAGUGGGUUGGGACGCGAAGCUUGUGAAUGAAUCAUACCCAUGGAUCGAGAACCAGAUUGUUCACCGCCCUAAGCUCACUCCAUGGCAGAGAGCUUUCAGAGACAGUCUUUUGGAUGUUGGCAUCUCCCCUUUCAAUGGUUUCACUUACGAUCAUCUUUACGGCACCAAAUUUGGUGGCACCAUCUUCGACCGCUUCGGCCGCCGUCACACCGCCGCCGAACUUUUGGCCACCGCCGACCCCCACAAGCUCACUGUCUUGGUUUAUGCCACUGUCCAGAAUAUUGUAUUUGAUACCACAGGGAAGCAACCAAAGGCAGUGGGAGUGAUCUUUAAGGAUGAAAAUGGGAAUAGACAUCAAGCAGUUCUUAGAAACAGGCGGCAGAGUGAGGUUAUCUUAUCUUCUGGAGCACUUGGGUCACCUCAAAUGUUGCUGCUGAGUGGAAUUGGGCCAAGGGCAGAUCUUGAAAAGUUGAACAUAUCUGUGGUGCUUGAUAAUGAGUUUGUUGGGAAAGGCAUGGCUGAUAACCCAAUGAACACUGUCUUUGUUCCCACCAACAAGCCUAUCAAGAAAUCUCUUAUACAGACCGUUGGGAUUACUAAGUUUGGUGUUUACAUUGAAUCUAGCAGUGGUUUCGGUCAGUCUUCGGAUAGUAUUCGAUGCAAUCACGGGAUGAUGUCAGCUGAAAUUGGGCAACUAUCUACCAUUCCGCCAAAGCAAAGAACCUGGGAGGCCGUCCAAGCUUACAUCACAAGGAAGCGUGAUUUACCUCAGGAGGCAUUCCAGGGUGGUUUCAUUCUUGAAAAGAUUGCCAAUCCCAUAUCAACAGGGAAACUUACCUUGGUUAACACCAAUGUUGAUGACAACCCAUCUGUGACCUUCAACUACUUUAGUCACCCAUACGAUCUUCACCGGUGCGUUGAUGGUAUUCGCAUGGCAGCAAAAAUUGUGCAGUCAAAACACUUCACUGAUUACACAAAAGAUACAAGGGAAACCAUUGAGAAGUUACUUAAUGCAACUGUAAAGGCCAAUGUCAAUCUCAUUCCUAAGCAUACUAAUGACACCAAAUCUCUAGAGCAGUUCUGCAGAGACACUGUGAUUACAAUUUGGCAUUACCAUGGAGGGUGCCAUGUGGGAAAGGUAGUGAGCCCUGAUUUGAAGGUCCUUGGUGUUUCCCGUCUCCGUGUCAUUGAUGGAUCAACCUUCAGUGAAUCUCCUGGAACCAAUCCUCAAGCCACUGUCAUGAUGAUGGGAAGGUACAUGGGGCUGAAGAUUUUAAAGGAUAGACUGGGAAGUGCAGCUGGUAUAUAGGCAUGUCUGGGCUCUGGCAUGGCAGCAAUCGCAAUGGGCACGUUUCGAGUUUCAAUUGCGAAAAUGUAAUUAUGUCAUCUCUUCCUCCGAUCUAUCCAAGUAGUUAAAAUGUAGAAUUCUGGCUUGCUUGGCCUGGGCAAUGCAUAUAAGUUUUGUCCCAUACGAACUUGAAUACAUUCCAAGCCUUGCUUCUAGCUAAUAUCAUCAUUUUUGUUUCUUCUUUGA